ACGAGAUAGUGCCACGUGGGACACUACAUGGCGACCAGGCAUCGCAUCUUGGAGCGGCCCAGGAACCCCUGUCGCCUAUGGCGGUCCUUCUUCGCCACCAUCAUCGUCAUCCUCCUCUUCGCCUCCUUCCCUCCUCACCAUCGUCACCAUAAUAUUGCACUCUGCUCAUCACUCUUCCGAUUUUUUUAAUUCUUUUUUAUAUUUAUUUCCAACUCUUUGCUCUGCGAGAUCAGCAGCUUCGAGCCACCCUACCCCAAUCUCCAAAUGAUCAGCUAUAGUACGAGAAUUAGGGAGCAGAGCUGCGAAUUUUCAUGAAAGUGAUGAAAUAGAUUCCAUUGAUUAACUCUUUUGACUUGGAGACUUUUGAAUUUAGGUCUCCUUUUCUGGUAUUAUCAAAUUGGCCUAUUCAGGUACUUGUUAACAUGCCUCCCAUGGAUUCGUGUAGUAUGGUCGCGGGUUUGUUAUUUUAGAUCUGUACUUAGGGUUUUGAUUAUCAUUAUCAUUUUUGGUUUCAUUCCCUUUACAUUUUUAUCUAUUUUUUUGUUGGCAUUCUUUCUCCCUAUUCAAACACUGUUUAUUCUCGGGAAAUGUGAUAGCUUUCCAUAUCUUCCACGACGUUCAAAAGGGAAAUUUUACGUAUCCGAUAUAGCCGAACAACAGAUCGGGCUAACACUUUCGUGUUCUAGUUUGUAUUCGCGAAACUUGCAAGUGUAAGUUACGAGCUGUUCACGUUUAAUGAAGGAGUUUAAUGCUUAAGCAAGCCAGAAUCGAUUUGAUCGUCGACAGUUUGUUAUGGAUAGUUCUACUGUAAUUCGACCUUCUACACCCUGUUCUGGUUCUGCACCGGGUUCGGCGCCUGGUUGCAAUGAUGAUAGCCAGCGGGUAAAAUUCUUAUGUAGUUUUCUAGGAAAUAUAAUGCCCCGUCCCCAAGAUGGGAAGCUUCGAUAUGUUGGUGGAGAGACGCGAAUUGUGAGUGUUCCACGAGAUAUUGGUUAUGAGGAGUUGAUGAGUAAGAUGAGGGAGCUCUAUGAUGGGGCAGCAGUCUUGAAAUACCAGCAACCUGACGAGGAUCUUGAUGCCCUUGUCUCCGUUGUGAAUGAUGAUGAUGUGGUUAAUAUGAUGGAAGAGUAUGACAAAUUGGGUUCAAGUGAUGGAUUCCAUAGGCUCAGAAUUUUUUUGUUCUCACAAUCUGAACAAGAUGUUUCUUCACAUUUCAUUGAUGGGGAUGACAGGGAUACUGAGAGAAGGUAUGUUGAUGCAUUGAAUAAUUUAAAUGAUGCUUCUGAUUUUAGGAAGCAGCAACAAGGUGAGUUUCCUAUGCUUGGUUCAGUUGAGGAUAUGCAUGUAGCUGAUCAGUUCUUUAAUCCAAUCAAUGUGGAUGGUGGCCUUCAUGGCCAGAGAAGUGGUGAGAUACCCAUAACUCAUUUUAACUUGCAUCAUCCCACACUACCUCACAUCGGAUCAGCACAGCACCAGCAACCUAUAUCCCAGAGGUAUAGUGACAUAGAUGCUCCAUGGAGUUCUGCAUAUUACUCUCCCAGGCAUCAUGGUCACCAUGACUCUAGAUCUGUGGUAGAAUUUCCAUCUUCUCCUUCUUCUGCAAGGUACCAGAUGCCAUUUUCAGAGCUACCAGAGAAAUGCAUUGAUAGAAUGCCCGAAGAAUAUACUCGGCAUCAGGUAAAUCACCAUCCUGUGUAUGACAAUCAACCACAAUAUUCUGAUAAUGUUGUGUGGUAUCCAACUGGAGCUGCAUCUAGUGAGAAGUCAGGUUUUCCUAGCAAUGUUCUUCAUGGUCCUCAUGUUAUUGAUGGGAGUAGUAUUUGUGAGCACUGCCGGAUAAGUUUUCAGAGAGGUCAAUCACAUUUUGAGCAUCCUAAUAUUAAUAAUGGACUUCCACCAGUCGCUAAUCCAUGUGCAGAAUGCCAUGCAAACAGGGAUACUUUUAUAAUGAAUGCUGAUGCAAAGUUGCAUCCUGUUAUUUAUCCUAAUGAGGCAAAUAAUGAUCAUAGAUCUGCUUAUAACGAUACUCAAAAUCAUGAGAGAGGAUGGGCUUUGCCACAUCAAACAAAUAAUCGGGUUGAGGAAGCAAGGAGCCAUGUUUCUGGAUCAGGAAGAUUGAAUGAUCAUUAUGUUCUUGAUGGUUCUGGCAUAAAUUACUCUCUUGGCCAUGGCAAUGUGGCUGAUGGGCAUCAUCUGCCUUCGAAUUACGUUCACCAAAGAGUUGGACCUGAAUUGGGACCUGAACUGUUUCAUGAUCAAGCUGUGACUACUACAGCCCAUCCACAAAUUUCUCCUUUGGAAGAACGCAGUGUGCGAUAUGGGAACCCAUCUCCUUAUGGAGUUGAUAGUCAUUACCCUGUGACACAUGGACAUGUACCUGGGCUUACUUUCUGGAGAAAUACUGCAGCUCCACUUCACAUUGGACCAUCUUAUGAGGCAUCCAGUCCACCUCAGCAGUUAAAUGGUGUGUUAAGUGCAGGAAUAAGGGGAGAGGGUAGUCCAAGAAUUUACAUUGGACCAGAUAGUCAAAGUCCUUGGGUUGAUUCCUCGCACAAAAUGUCAGGUCAUGAUGGAUUACCAGUCCCAGAAUUUCCUUAUCCUCAUGCUGUGAAGUUCAAUCCAAGGGCUCUUGGUCAAGAAAAUCAACAUCCAGUUGCUGUGGACACCAUUCAUUCCCCACAGGACAUGAAUGUUGGCAUUCGAUUGGAACCAGUGCAGCUUCCAAAAUCACCUUUUAAUAUGGUUCACAACAAUGAGGUUUCUAACAAUGGUACUCAUAUAACUGAUGCAAUGGGGUCGCUGAGCUUGCACGAUGAAGAGAAAGGGACAGAGAAUGCAGAUAAGGUUGAGAACUCUAAUGCUCAAAGUAUAUCUUUUUCUGAGCAAAACAAAAUUGCUGAGAAUAAUAGUGAAGCAGCUGCUUCUCUUGACUCUAAAAAUUCAAAAUCAAAACCUGUUGAAGAAUGUGGUGAGGUUACGAAACUUGUUGAUGGGGAUCUAAUUGCUCCUGAAGAUUCCAAGCAUCUAGCUAACCAAUUCAGUUUCUUGCCUGAGUUGAUUGCUUCUGUAAAAAAGGCUGCAUUGGAAGGAGCUGAAGAGGUGAAAGCUAGAGCUAAGGAGCACACCACGUCUCAGAAUAAUUCAGCAAUCAAAGAUGACACAGCAAAUGAAGGAGAGACAGGGAAUGCUCUUGGUGAUUUAGAAUUGGACUCUGAUAACGACAAUGUGGAUACUUCUAAAAUUGAACCUACAAAAGCUGAGGCAGAAGCUAUUGCUAGAGGAUUGCAGACAAUUAAAAAUUGUGAUUUGGAAGAGAUUCGUGAACUAGGUUCUGGAACUUAUGGGGCUGUCUAUCAUGGGAAAUGGAAAGGUUCUGAUGUGGCAAUUAAGAGGAUAAAAGCUAGCUGUUUUGCUGGAAGACCCUCAGAAAGAGAAAGAUUGAUUGCAGAUUUCUGGAAAGAGGCAUUGAUACUAAGUUCACUUCAUCACCCAAACGUUGUGUCCUUCUACGGUAUUGUUCGUGAUGGCCCUGAUGGUUCUUUAGCAACUGUGACAGAGUUCAUGAUUAAUGGAUCCCUGAAACAGUUCUUGCAUAAGAAAGAUAGAACUAUAGAUCGUCGUAAGAGGCUAAUUAUAGCUAUGGAUGCGGCAUUUGGGAUGGAGUAUUUGCAUGGAAAGAACAUUGUGCAUUUUGAUUUGAAAUGUGAGAAUCUAUUAGUCAAUAUGAGAGAUCCACAGCGGCCUGUCUGCAAGAUUGGUGAUUUGGGUUUAUCAAAGGUAAAACAGCACACUCUAGUAUCUGGAGGAGUGCGGGGAACUUUGCCAUGGAUGGCACCUGAACUCCUAAGUGGGAAAAGCAAUAUGGUGUCAGAGAAGAUUGAUGUUUAUUCAUUCGGGAUUGUUAUGUGGGAAUUGCUCACUGGGGAUGAACCCUAUGCUGAUAUGCAUUGUGCUUCAAUAAUAGGAGGUAUUGUGAACAACACAUUACGUCCCCAAAUCCCGACAUGGUGUGAUCCUGAGUGGAAGUCUCUAAUGGAAAGUUGCUGGGCUUCUGAUCCCACAGAGAGGCCAUCCUUCUCAGAAAUCUCAAAGAAGCUAAGGACUAUGGCUGCGCAGAUGAAUGUGAAGUAGUCUCUGUUGAUCUUAAAAUGCUCAGUAGCCCUUCUUGCAUUCAUCAUUCAUUGUACGUAGCCUGGAAGUGAUGAAAGAAGGGAUAAAGUGAAGCAUUAUUUUAUCAAUUCAAGGGACCCUUCUAGCUUAGCCUGAAGAGAGUUUAAAACCUGAAAGAAAAGGGGGAAAAGAAAAAAUAAAAAGAAAAAGAAAAGGUUGGGGGAGGAGGGGAAGUUGGGGAAGGUUUAACAUGUGCAUUGGCUCUGGGAGCUGUAUAAAUAAAGGUCAUUUUUAUAUCGACCUGCUUCUUUAUAUGUUCUAUAUGGAACAUACAAUCAUAAUGAACUUUUUCACCUAA